GGCUGAGGCAUCAUGAUCGUUAUAGUGGACUUGGUGCUGAUGCUCAUCGAUUUAACCUUCUCCAUUCUGAACGCCAUCGUCCAGACUUUCCUGCGCCCACGGCUCAAGUGCAUUGAUGGUGAGCUGUGUCUGAUCACAGGGGCCGGGGGCGCACUGGGUCGCCUUUUCGCCAUGGAGUUUGCCAAAGAGGGCGCGCACCUGGUGCUUUGGGACUGUAACGCAGCUGCCAACGAACAAACCGCCAAGGUGGCACGAGAACUGGGAGCCAAGGUGUACACGUACACUGUCGACCUGUCCCGCCGCCAGAGCAUUUAUGAGACAGCGGAGAGAGUGAGAGUGGAGGUCGGGGAUGUCACCAUACUGGUCAACAACGCAGGGGUGGUAGCUGGACGGCGGCUGCUUGAGUGCCCGGACGAGCUUUUGGAAAGGACUCUCCUGGUUAACUGCCAUGCGCUGUUUUGGAUGACAAAAGCCUUUCUGCCUCAGAUGAAAGCAAAGAACCACGGCCACAUUGUAACUAUUGCCAGUGCCCUUGGUCUAUUCAGCACCGCGUGUGUAGAGGAUUACUGUGCCAGUAAAUUUGGAGCCGUUGGGUUCCACGAGUCACUGACCCACGAACUGCAAGCAGAAUGUCUGGAUGGCAUUAAAACUACUUUAGUCUGCCCGUAUAUUGUAGACACAGGAAUGUUUGCUGGGUGUGAGAUUAGGAAGGAGCUUCGGAGUCUGAUUCCACCCCUGGAUCCCCUUUACACCGUACAACAGUCCAUGAAUGCCAUUUUAGCGGAGCAGCAAAUGAUUUGCAUUCCUCGCCUGAUGUACAUCCCCUUCCUUGCACGAGCGCUGCUGCCCUGGGAGGCAAAUGUGGCAACCUAUCGCUUCAUGGGAGGAGACAAAUGCAUGCUGCCUUUUAUUAAGAACGUGGAACUUAAAGACGCCAAUGGCCAUGUCAAAUCCUCCUGAGAGUUGUCUGUCAAAGUCUUUCUAUUUUAUCUAAUGGACCAAUGCACACACCAAAGGCUCAGCUGUGCUAAUCUUAACAAAGCAAUAUCAGUCAACUGAAGGGAGUACCCAUAUCUGCACAGGUUCACUUUUUUGGCCUCAAUGAUCAGUUUUAAGUAUUUCAUCUUUAAUACCACUGCAUAUAUGUUGGUCAUGUCUAUGAAAAUAAAUGGUAUUGAUGUAAAAAUAAAAAGUAUCAAUUAAACCAAUCAUCUGGGUGCA